GACAUAGAUCUCAAUGUCCGAAGUGUUGUAUGAUUUAUGUUCCGAUCUAAACGAUCUGCACUCGUGAAACGUCUUUGGAAAAACAGAAUACACCAUGAAACCUCGGGUGAGAAUGAAACAUCUUUAUCAACAAGUCCAGACGUGGAUACAGAAAUUAAGUGUGUCGCACAGAGCAUGUUAAAAAGACUAAAAGAAAAACAACUGGAGAUGCUGUGUCAGAGUAUUGAAACCAAGGGAGGAGAGACGACUGGAUGUGUCCUCCUUCCCAAUAGUGACCUCCGGUUGGGAAAGAGGUCGGUCGCUCCUCAUAUUUUGUGUUGUCAGUUGUGGAGAUGGAGUGACAUUACUCCCAAUACCGAACUAAAAAGAUUGCCACAUUGUGAGAGUGCGGACGAUCCUGCAUAUCUAUGCUGUAAUCCCUAUCAUUGGAGUAUACAGCAAAAAACAGAUACGCCCUAUACUAAUGGGAACUGGUCCAAGAUCUCCAGGCUAAAAAUUACAGAUAUAGACCAAAUAGAAGAAACUGUGAUGGAUGUUUCCACGGAAACGGGAAACACACCUACUCCUCGUCGUCUGGAUUUUUCAGGUGACACCUCAAAUGGCAGUUCUCGGGGUCCUCACUGGUGCACUGUGGCCUACUGGGAGUUACGUCAGCGUGUCGGACGCCUUUUCACUGUGUUCGACUCGUCUAUAAAUAUAUUUCAAUCGCUACCUCAUGGGGGAGGUCUCUCUCUCGAAGUUCUUCAGCAAGGGACACAAUUGGAUGCAGUGUUACGGACUAGAGAAAAAAUUGGAUUCGGACUUGUUCUGAGUCGAGAGGACUCAGGAGUUUGGCUCUAUAACAGAUCCGUGUUUCCAGUUUUUGUCAAUUCAUCGUGGUUUGACACCCCAAACUCACGGACGCCCAUUGUGAUAAAGUUGUUACCGGGGCGAUCGAUAAAGAUAUUUGACUACGAUUGUGUUGAGUUUUUGAAAUGUUUGAAAGAUGCAAGAUUUGUUGACGGACCUUAUGAUCCAAGGUCCAUACGGAUCUCGUUUGCAAAAGGAUGGGGCCCCACGUAUCAUAGACAGUUUGUAACUUCAUGUCCCUGUUGGUUGGAAGUGUUACUAAAUAUAGAUAGGUGAUAUUAACUAAAACUGGUUUGUAAUCCAGCAUUAUCAUGGCAGUACUACUGUGGUGUCCUUUUGUAGAGGCAUCAGUUUCAGACCAGAAGUUUCAAGACACGAUGAGAGAUUGCACAAGUCCAAGAAUAUCCAGGAGAAAGGAAACACCAAAUCUGAGAUACAGAAAGAUGGAGAAAGGACUCUUUAAUACCUUAGUUACCUGUUGCCUUGGAAACCAUUUGACUACUUACCUGGUUUCACAGGUGAAACAGAGAUAUGCUGGCUAACACAUGCUUUACCUCUAAUUCCAGUGCUACUUGUACCAAAACAUGGUUACCAUAGAAAUGUCACCUACAGAAAGGCCUUGACCUCAGGCAGGGUCAUAGUGCCAUAUUGUGUAAAAAUUUCAUGCAAAAAAUGCCCUUGAAUUUUGAUGUAUUUUUUUUUUUCCACAUGAUUUUAAAUGUUUGCCCAAGAUUCAAUUGGAUUUAACAUUUCAAAUUAAGAGACUGAGUAUUUUGAUUUUUUAUGUCAAAUAGAAUUCAAAGUUCAAGGAUGUUUUCUGUUGAUGUUGCCAAAGAUCUGCCAUACCUACAUCAUACAACUACACAUAAACUUCAUCAUUAAUCGUAAUUAAUCAUUAAUUUUGGUUACCAUGGUUAUUAGAGAAUGAAAAAUUAUCCAAAAGAUGUUACAUUAACUUUAAAAUAUGUUGCAAUAUUCAUAUUG